GAAUUGUUUGCCGAAAAAUGAUUUUCCCUUUUGAAAAAGAAAUUUUCCAUUUACCAAACGUUUUUACGUAAACGUAGAGGGAAAAAACAAAGUAGAUCUCUUGAAACUCUCGCAGUCGUCGCCUUUGUUAGACAUUCACUGGCCACUCCAAUAAUCUUCUUUGGCACCAAAUCAAAAUUGCCUCCUCCGUUUUUGUUUCCAUAGCUUAGAUCUUGAAGAACCCAAACUAAAGCUUACGGAAACCCAAGAAAAGUUUCAAGAUAGAAAAUCUCGAUUCAGCACCGUCCAUCAUCAGAUCAGCCCUAUUCUCCGAUAAAUCAUUCCCUUCGGUUGGAACAGCUUCCUCACUAUUCAGAUCGUUGAACGGGUUCCCAAAGCUUCGAAACCCAUUUAAUUCUAGUGGAAUGAGCUAUUACGAGCUAAUGCAGCCCGUGUUGAAUAGGGGGCAUUUCUAUUCCGUUUCUUCUCCACAAAAUAGCUGAUUCGGUGCCCAAUAAUUCCAUUUUACCCUCCCCAAUAAUUCCUUUCGUUUUCCUCUGUCUCUUUGCCUCUGUUUUUUGUGAUUUUGAAAUCCCCCGCUUCAUCGAAGACUCAUUUCAGGGUGAAAAUGGAGAAGCAAAGGAAAGAUGGAGAUGUAGAGGCAGUCCCAGUAGUGAUAGGGGGCAUGGUUUUGGACAUUCAAGCCACUUCUUCAAUUCCUCCACAUCCAAGAACCACUUGUCCUGGCCAGAUAUAUUAUGUACAAGGCGGGGUGGCCAGGAACAUAGCCGAAUGCAUGACAAAACUUGGAGCUCAGCCUUUUAUGAUUAGUGCUUUGGGACUUGACAUGCCAGGAAAUUUGUUGUUGGAGCAUUGGAAAUCUGCAGGACUACGGACAGAAGGCAUUAGGAAGCACAAGGAUAUUAAGACUCCCACAGUCUGUCAUAUACUUGAUGUUAGUGGAGAGGUGGCGGCUGGUGUUGCCAGUGUGGAAGCAGUUGAAAUGUUUCUUACACCCAAGUGGAUUCAACAAUUCAAGCACACAAUACGUUCUGCUCCUCUAUUGAUGGUUGAUGCAAAUUUGAGUCCCCCUGCUAUAGAAGUUUCUUGUCGACUAGCAGCUGAGUCAAACGUCCCAGUGUGGUUUGAGCCUGUAUCGAUUGCAAAAUCUGAAAGAAUUGCUCCAAUUGUAAAGUAUAUUACUUUUGCUUCACCUAAUGAAGAUGAACUAAUUGCUAUGGCAAAUGCUUUAUCUUCUCAAAAUUUAUUUUGCCCAAUUGAAAGGAAUAAUUGUUCUACGGAUACUUUGUUCCAGAUGCUGAAACCAGCGAUCUGGCUUUUGCUGGAGAAGGGUGUCAAAAUUCUUGUUUUGACUAUUGGUUCAGAUGGUGUACUUUUAUGCACUAAAGGGGAAUCAAUCUCCUGGAGAAUUUGUCUGGAAAAGACGCAGCAACAUGGAUUUAGUCGACAGUUAUUUGAAAAUAUGACGUCAAGCUAUCCUUCAAAUUUGUAUUCUGAUUCUAAGGUUCUUGAGAGAAGCCCAAAUUUCUUAGCUGUGCAUUUUCCUGCACUCCCUGCAUCUGUUGUAAGGCUUACAGGAGCUGGUGAUUGUCUAGUCGGUGGAAUGAUUGCAUCCCUUUCUACAGGUUUAGAUGUGAUGCAGAGCGUAGCAAUUGGUAUAGCUGCAGCCAAAGCUUCGGUUGAGGUGGACAGCAAUGUACCUUCUCAAUUUAGUUUGCCAACAAUUACAGGUGAUGCCAGGAUUGUAUAUUCAACUGCCAAACUUUUGCAACAUCAAUCUAAGCUGUAAUGUCCAAAGAAGGGGCAUGGAGUUUUGGUAAACACCCAAAGUUAGAGCCAUAUGUGCUUGCCUCUUUUAUUGUUAUACAAAAAAAAAAAAAAAAACCUGGAAAUUGCGAAUUGAGAUUUUAUACACCAUAUUUGCAGAAUAAAUAGCAAUGCAGCCUUAUAUUUUGUUGGCAUGACUAUAUCUUGUUUUCUCAGUCUAUUAUUAAACUGAAUGGAACAUAUACUGAUCUUUGUUGUUGCAAGGAAUUGGAUUGCCUUUGUUACUAAGGUAUUGUUUGUUUUGGAGA